ACACUAACGAUUUUAGACUGCAAGAUUAAAAAAUGGCGAACAGAACAGUCAAAGACGCUCAUUCUAUAAAGGGAACCAAUCCACAAUAUUUAGUUGAAAAAAUUAUAAGGACUAGAAUUUAUGAAUGCAGAUACUGGAAAGAAGAAUGCUUUGCUUUAACAGGUGAUUUCUAUCCACAAAAACUAAUUAUGUUAAAAAUUAUAUAACAAUAUAUUCACUUACUCACUUACGUCUUGUUUUCGAUAUCCGAUUUAGUAGAGAAAAAAAAAUAGAGAAACACAUCGACACAUGAUUACUUUUCAAACUUUUAUUGAGUUUGACUCAUGCCUGAAACUGAGACUAGCAACUUCAAAUGAAGUUCAUUAAACUUAGGCCUAAGCCUAAACAAUUUCAUCACUUUGUUUCUAGUUUCGCCAAAGCUGCCCUUUCCCUUAUUUAACUUACUAUAUUUAUAUACUAUGACUAUAGACUACAGUCUAUAGAUACUAUGCCCCCCCUACCUAAGUAAGUAAGUAAUAAAGUAGUAGUAGGCCUACUAAACUUAGUGUAGUAGUUAGUAAGUUACUUUGGGGAAAUUUGCCUUGGCAAAAACUAGUUCAAAAUUUGUAUGGGAAAUGGGAAUUAGUUUUUAUGUUUUGGACAUUGUGGCUUUUUCAUUGAUAAAAGAAGGUACUUCGAUAACGCACACAAUCUGUGCAUGUUGAAAAAUUACGUAGUUUGUUGUGACACGCUUUUGGCAUAGGAUUUUCGGUGACCUAUGUUUAUUUCUCUUUUUGUCUUAACGAUAAAUUGAUUUCUUCAUCAUUGACAUGGACAGAGUAGUAGAGAAGCUUCUCUUCAGAAGAGCAUGCCAAUCUAAAUAUGGAAACGAGGCUAUUCGUUUCACACCUAUGGUGACACAGUGAACAUAAUUUUAAGCUUUAAUCAUCGAAUACUUUUUUUCAUAAGAAAUAUGCAUUUAAUUGGACCUCCAUUAGAGUGACCAAAUAAUGAACUGGGAAAAAUGGGACUCACCCAACGAGGGUUUGGGGGGAUACCCUCCAAACAGAGGCGUAGCGAAGUGGGGUAGGAGGGACAGAUGUUCCUAGGCGCCAACGAGUUAGAGGCGCCAAAAUAUGCUUUUAUAUUAUUUUAUUGAUGAAAAUAAUGGGUUUAAGAGUUGAAAAAAGAAAAGGGGGGCGCUUUAAAAUGAACCUGAACCUGUCAACCCUUCCGAUUUUGUCGGAAUUAUACGGAUUUUUCACCCCCUCAUUCCGACCAUCCGACAAACCCCUUAAAAUCCAGAUUUUCCAAACAUUAUAAUUUUUCACCCGUCAUAAAAAUCGGAAAGCGGAAAAAAAAUUUUUUAAAUCGGACACGACAGGAAGUAGUGCAUUUCUUAGAUGCCACUUCUUUUGUUUUUACGAAGUGUCUACAUCAUGACUACAUGUCCGGCAAUCGGAUCAAUAGGUUCUUGAGAUAUUCGUCUGGCUUUAAUUGUUAUAUAUUCGACCAAGUCACAUCACCGCCGUAACUAAGUCGUGAGAUAUUUGUCCGUCAUCCUUGUCACGUGACCGCUAAUACCAAUAGUAGUAGUAGUCGAUCAGCGUUUAGGGUACUUCAUUUCAACAAAUUAAAGGUAGUCUGGAAAUUUACACGAAAAAAGAAAUAUGUUCAAUUCUACAAAAGAAAUACUAGAACCAUUGCUGGUAUAUAUAAUGAACGAUUAAUCUGUUUUUUUUUUAAAUAUGCCCAAUUUAGCUAUUUUGAGACUUUGAAAUCUUUUUAAAUUUACGUUCACUUUUAAAUUUUAAUUUUAACUCUGAGGCAUAUCAUAAACAAAAACAAUAAUUUUUCAGUGUCAGCAGAGUGGUGGAGGGGGAACAGUGCAGCCAUCACAUGAGCCCACAUCAUUACUGGCACUGGCUACACAGCUAGCCAAAAUAUUACUUGAAGUUAUAUUAUAAAUUAGGAUGUUUUAGUGAUAUGAAAAUGUGUUUUGUUUCAGAAACAGGACAUUUAUGCAUCCCGAGAGACUUUUUCGGGACACUGGGUACGAUCACGAAAAAACGGGACAAUCCCGUUUUUACGGGACGUUUGGUCACCCUAACCGACAUUACAUGCAUUAUAGUUUAUCCAUUUUAAAAACUAACUAGUUGUACUAACGUGAAUAAUUCUUUCGCUGGAAAUCAAUAUUCAUCCCAGUGAUGGUUUGAUGGUUUUGGACAAGUUUAAAUAUUUAUGUCUCACACGUUAUAGGCAUCUUUUACUGGUUUUAUUUUUGUGACCAUAACUAUCAAAAUUGUAUUUCAUAUAAUAAUCUUUUUAUAUUUAUUUACAAAUUGAUUAACUCUCAAAAGACUGUAGAUUUUUCCGGUUUUUAUUGACCUUGAAUACAUCUUAUUAUUCAAUGUGUCUCAUGGCUGUAAUUUUUUAGCUACCUACAAGUAUCAUAUAUCAUUUUAAAGGUAAUUGGAUGCUCUUUGAUAUUUGGUGUUUGUUCAAAAUAUCCUUGCUAAAUUUGAUUUAUUAUUAUUUUUGUAAAAAAUAAUUUUUUUUUAAGUCGAUAAAAACAUAACAUCACAGUGUUAUGCACUAGCUUCUAUUGUGAGAAAUUAAUCUCUUAUUUUUUAAUUUAUGGCUCGUUUAAAUAGUACACAACAAAGGACAAUACCAUAGAGACAUACAAAUGCAAAAAAAACGACACCCAAAACAGUGCCAAUUACAAUUAAUAAGAUUUAAUUUAGUAAUAUACAAUUACGAACAAAAGAAAUAUAAUUACAAAUCAUCAAUUUACAGAGUAUCGGAAAAAUCUUGUACCGGUGCACAAUUAGUACAAUGUGCCAAUUAAUAAUGAAGAAUGCGAAAUAAACACAUGAGCACACAAAGAAUCAUACACGUCUCGUGAAGUUAAAAAUAUCUAUCAAUCUCCGUCUCCCUCUGUGCCUGUCAAUCCCUUAUAUAUGUGGGUCUACCGACGCGUCUAGAAACGCCCUUACUUUUCUAAUACAAUCGAGAACUUUCGACAAGAUACUAUAUAUUGUUACGCACUGACUUGUAUUGGGAGAAAUUAUUCUCCUAUUUUAAUUUUAAUUGGCUCGUUGUAAGCAGUGCCUAACAAAGGACGAUACCAUAGAAUCAACAAUAUUAAAAAUACGACCCAAAACAGUUUCAAGUUACAAUUAAUUAAGAUUUAUUAUGUCUUAAGAUAAUUACAAAAGAAAAGAAAAAUAUAAUUACAAUCUUCAACUUACAGUAUGGUAGAUCUUGUACCGGUACACAGUUAACACAGUUAGAAUAAUGUGCCAAUAAAUAAUGCGAAAUAAACACAUAUGAGCACACAAAUACACAAAGAAUAAAACACGCCUCGUAAUGUUAAGAAAAUUUAUCUGAAAAUCUCCCUUCUUCCGAGCCUGUCAAUCCCUUAUAUAGGUGGGUCUACCGACGCCCAAGCCCUGCCUUCGAGCUGCUACAUGGCAUUUCUAGAACCAUCAGAUUCAUUCUACAAAACACUACUUGGAACAGAUUAAUUAUUUUUAGUAGUUGGCGGUGUAAACAAGAAAUACAUCAAAAGCCUAAGCCACACCCCUUUGUGAACACAGCGUCUCAUGCGGGGUCAAUCAGAGGGCACGCACGAGAAAUAUUAUGUAAACAAGCUCUCUAUAACAAUAUGCUUUGACCAUUUUACUCUUGUUUUGGCACACUCAAUUAAUUUGCUGUUAAUGUCAGGUUGCGGCGCACGGCACAAAGAUUUUGGGCUUUACAGGAAUGGGUUCAUCAUCAAAGAUGUCCUAUUUUCCCUAAAUUGUUAAUCAAUUGUUACAUUUUCUUUAUGCUGAUACAGUUCUUUGUAUUUUGCAUUGAGAUACAUAAAAGUCUGCCAAUUUGCACAGCAUGUCUCCUUUAUUUUAAGUAUCUGAAACUUUUAGGAAACUCAAUAUAGCCUUGAAUAUGUCCUUUGUCAUAACAGCCUUUCUCAUAGUCAACCGUAUAAGGAUUUUCUGGACCUCUAUUGUAAAAUGAAAAGCUUGACUUAUUCCUGCAUUCAUAAUAAAUCCACUUAGUAGAUAAAACUCCUCAUCAAUGAUGUUAUACCUGGACCAAUUUUUGAAAACAGAAAGCUUUUUCGGUCCACUGUCCUGCACACACUUCUAUAUCUUAAGGGCCCACGAUCAAUUUAUUGAUCAUUUUGGCUCCUAUGCAUGUAUAUACAUAUAUGCAACCAAAUCUGUAGUAAAAUAGAGUUUGAAAAAGUCUAAAUGCUUUAGUGUGUAGUAACAGUGAACCGGUCUUGUGGCAAAACAUGUGUAAAAAAUGUGUAACACAGCGAAAAAUGAAAUUCAUCAAUGGUCAAGUUGCUACCAGAUUUCUUCAAGAACUAGUAAUAUAAAUGAUUUUUUUUUAUUGCCAAAUAGAAAUUUAACAUGCCAAAAUAGUUUUGUCACCCGCGCAAGUCAUCAGUCAUCCAACUAUACCCAUCAUCCCAAGUCUCGUGGCGACAGGCAGGCUCUUCUAAAUGCAUGACGAAGGGGCUAGAAUAGGUGCCCAAAAGAAUGCCUGCUCCUUCACACCCUGGCCGACUGAACACGGCCAGCGGGGACACAAUCUUUGCGCUCGUAAAUCAAGGAUAAACACUAUUUCACUUAAAAUUGCCACAUGGAACAUACGCACACUGCUUGACAGAGACACUUCUAACAUACCUCAACGUCGCACGGCGCUCAUUGCCCAUGAACUUGCGAGAUAUAAUAUAGACAUCGCGCCCUUAGUGAAACCAGAUUCUCUGGCAAGGGUGAAAUCACAGAAAGGCUUGCUGGCUAUUCUUUCUUCUGGAGCGGGCGUGACCCUGACGCAAGGCGAGAAGCUGGUGUUGGCUUUGCUAUCAAAACCUCUCUUGUGAGCAAGCUCCCCAGCUCUCCAAAAGGUAUAAAUGACCGUCUCAUGACGUUGAAAAUCCCCCUCUGACAUGGAAAGAAGUCUGCUACCUUAGUCAGUGCCUAUGCACCCACCAUGACAAACACAGAAGAGACCAAAAACAAAUUCUAUGAAUACCUGAAGACUGUUAUCUCUUCCACACCGUCUGCUGACAAACUCAUCAUACUUGGGGAUUUCAAUGCACGUGUCGGCAGUGACUACACCUCCUGGGGGGGAGUGAUUGGGAAGCAUGGUGUUGGUCAGUGCAACAGCAACGGCCUACUGCUACUGCAGACCUGUGCUGAACAUGACCUUCUAAUAACGAACACCACCUUCAGCCUGCCAACGCGCAACCGGACCUCCUGGAUGCACCCCCGUUCUAAACACUGGCACCUAAUUGAUUAUGUCAUAGUCAGAAAUAGGGACCGCCAGGACGUGAGGGUGACUAAGGCCAUGUGUGGCGCAGAAUGUUGGACGGAUCACCGCCUCAUCGUCUCAAAGAUGAAAAUUCAUAUCCAACCUAAGAGACGACCUCAGGCCACGAAAGUUCCGAAACGCCUCAACAUAAAUAGGCUGAAUAUCCCUGAUGUGAGACAAACUUUUGUUGACAGCCUAGAUCAACGCCUUGAUACAAUCACACUGGACAACCAGGACGCGGAAAAAGCGUGGACCACGAUUCGUGAGAUGGUCUACAAUACAGCCGCUGAGCGCCUCGGACCCUCUACGAGGAAACACAGGGACUGGUUUGACGAAAACAACACAGCUAUCCAAAUUCUUCUUGAGCAAAAACGCCGAGCGUACAAGGCCCUCCAUGAUGACCCAACGUCAACAGCAAAGACAGCUGCACUUAGGGGCAUCCGCAGCAAGGUCCAAAUACAACUGCGCCAGAUGCAAGAUUCCUGGUUGAAUUCAAAAGCUGAUGAAAUACAGGGCUUUGCAGACAAGAAAGACAUGAAAAACUUCUACCGUGGCCUGAGAGAAAUCUAUGGUGUCUCCACCUCAGGCUCUUCCCCUCUCCUUUGUGCUGAUGGUUCUACGCUCAUUACAGACAAAGAGAAAAUCUUGGAAAGAUGGGCGGAACACUUUGAAAGUGUGCUCAAUACACCUUCCAUCAUUAAUGAUGAGGCCAUUGAAAGACUCCCCCAGGUCCCAACGAACAAUUCACUGGACGCCGUCCCAACUUUUGAUGAGAUACAGACAGCGAUCCGCCAAAUGUCCAAUGGCAAAGUACCUGGCCCCGACAUGAUUCCUGCCGAAAUCUACAAGGAGGGUGGACCAGCGCUGACGGAUAAGCUAUUGGGCUUAUUCCAAAUCAUCUGGCAGACGGAAACUGUACCACAAGACCUCAAGGAUGCCUCAAUCAUCCACCUGUACAAACACAAAGGUAACCGCCAGACAUGCGACAAUCACCGCGGAAUUUCACUACUGUCCAUUGCAGGCAAGAUCUUGGCCCGAGCCCUUCUGAACCACCUGAAUGCACAUCUGGAGCUAGGUCACCUACCCGAAAGUCAAUGCGGUUUCCGCAAAAAACGCGGAACCAUCGUUAUGGUGUUUGCUGCUAGACAGCUUCAAGAGAAAUGCCAGGAACAAAAUACAGACCUAUAUACUACAUUUAUCGACUUGAAUAAGGCCUUGGCAGGGUCAAUAGAGCUGGCUUGUGGAAAAUCAUGAAGAAAUACGGAUGCCCAGACAAGUUCACAAACAUCAUCCGUCAGCUGCAUGAUGGUAUGAUGGCCCGAGUACAGGACAAUUGUCAAUCAUCUCCAGCAUUCCCCGUCACAAACGGUGUAAAACAGGGUUGUGUUCUUGCUCCCACACUCUUCAGUAUUAUGUAUUCCGCAAUGCUGUCUGAUGCGUUCAAGGACUCCACCAUGGGCUUGCCAAUCCGGUUUCGUACUGAUGGAUCAGUAUUUAACCUUAGGAGGCUUCAAGCUAAAACCAAGGUCAAACAUACCACGAUCAACGAGCUUCUGUUUGCAGACGAUUGUGCCCUUAAUGCUCCAUCAGAAGCCGUCAUGCAACACAGUGUUGAUAUCUUCUCAGAGGCCUGCAAUAACUUUGGCCUCACAAUCAACACAAAGAAGACUGAGGUGAUGUAUCAGCCAGCUCCCAGUAAGCCCUACGUUGAACCCAACAUCAUCAUCAGUGGACAGCGUCUCAACCCGGUGGAUAAAUUUACUUACUUGGGCAGCACCCUCUCUAGAUCUGUCGUCAUGGAUGAUGAAAUGAAUGGCAGACUCGCAAAAGCUAGUGCCCUAUUUGGCAGGCUCCGCAGCACUGUUUGGGACAGGAGAGGUAUCAGUCGUGAAACAAAGCUCAAGGUCUAUAGCGCAGCAGUCCUCCCGACACUGCUUUAUGGAUGUGAAACGUGGACUGUCUACCAGCGUCACGCCAAGAAACUGAAUCAUUUUCACACUACCUGCCUCAGGAAACUCCUCGACAUCAGGUGGCAAGACAAAGUCCCUGACACCGAGAUCCUCGCUAGAGCAAACCUACCUAGUAUCUUCACCACUCUGAUGCAGUCUCAGCUCCGUUGGAUGGGACACGUAGCCCGUAUGGCAGACCACCGGCUCCCGAAACAAAUAUUCUUUGGAGAACUCACGAUAGGCAAACGCUCCCAAGGAGGCCAAAGAAAGCGUUACAAAGACUCACUGAAAGUGGCACUAAAGGCCUUCAGCAUAAACCCUACUCAAUGGGUGCAGACAGCCCAGGACAGAGCCAGAUGGAGAGCUGCUGUCAAGAAGGGGGCUAAAUCCCAUGAAGCUAAGAGAAAAACCACAGCUGAGACACGCAGGCUUGUCCGAAAGAGCAACAUUAGGUCAUCGUCUGAAGCAACUAUUCCAUGCCCACAGUGUCAUAGAUUAUUCCGAGCAAGGAUCGGUCUAACAAGCCACCUAAGAGCUCACCGUAAUCCCCCCGCCCGCCCCUCACCGGAGAUUCGAAGGUCCUUGUUGACUUCGACGGACGAACAACAACCAACCAGUUUCUGCUAAUGUUAGUCCCUUUAUAUGUUUGAGACACAUGGAAACUGUGUGGGCGGCCAUCCAGGGGGGGGGGGUGUGUGUGAAGAUGGCACUUGACCAGAGCGCAAUUAUCAGGGGAUUCCAUUUUCUUUAUAUUAAGUGCACCAUUUUCUUCGCCACAUCACCACUUUUCAUAUUUAUGAUAUAGUGGCAGGGCUUUUACAAUAGCGUGAAAAUAUAUAUGUAUCAUGGAACAGAAUACUGAAAACAGCAAAAGCGGACAGAAGAUGAUACAAGGAUUUCGGCAAAAAUUAUUUUUCAACUGUUACUAUUAGAUGUUGUUUGUCCUUCAACUACCAAUAACACAAAGAGUAAUUCAGUAGAGAACAAAGUCAAAUUGAAAAGAUCUUACCCUUUAUACUAGGUGAAGUCCAAGAGAAAACUGAAUUGUUUAAAAUGUUUUAACAGGAUAUGUCCUUUUUUCCCUAUCAAAAGUUAGUUGAACACCUUAAUCUUUUUGAUAUUGCAACAGGAUUGAAAAUCUUGUAAAUAUGAAGGAAACAAUUUAUUGCUUGUUCUUUACUGUAUUUUUAGUUUUUGUUUUUCUAUGCUUCGCGUGUUUCAAAACAAGUUUGUAUCAUUUGUUCAGAUCAGCUGUUUUACACGGUACCUGGUAGCACAUGCCAUGACACUAAAGCUCCCACAUUGUCAUUCUGUGAUAUAUUGAGGUAAUAGCAAGUUCCCUGGUUCCUCUUGAUCAGAUAACCUGAUUAACAAGUUAAUGCUCAUACUGAUAGUGUGUCCCGGCUGCCUUGGUCAAUGAUCAACUUCUAAUCCCCCAUCCCUCCAAGACUUUCAUGGACUAUCUGUAUAUUCCAAAUUCACUGGGGGGAAGAGGAGGGGGAGCAGACGUGAUGCUUUGUAUCUGUCAUUACUUAACAACCAUUUAUCAAAGAUUGUCAAUAAAAAUACAAUGUUUGAAAUCCAUUGGCAAAGAGAACAAACAUUUGAGGCAUAUCUUUAUAAGACAUAGCUUUUUUAAACUUACCUUGUUCCUGGUAAAAAAAUUAUGAGUGGUUGUAGGGGGUGGGGAGGGUUGUAACCUUAAAUUUACCAUAUAAUUAAUGCUUUUAGUCUUAAAGUGAAAAAAUCUGACAACACAUUCUUCUGAAAAGACAAAUUUUUGUCGACCGACUGAUUUGUUAAUUUUUAUUUUAUGUUAAAAAUCACAUUAACCCACAAACUGUGCUUGUUAUUAUUCUGUACUGUUCAGGCAAUUAAGAGCUUUUUGGGUGCCUUUCAAAAUUGCACACACAAAAUUGCAGUUUGUUGCAUUUAUAUAAGAAAAAAUAGGAAUGUAGCGUUAAAUUAUUUUAUUUUAAUAUAACAAUGUUCUUAAGCAUAUUUAUACUUUCCUUCCUUAAUUUAUAUUAUCAACAUUCCUUAAUUUAUAAUAUCAACAAAUUGUAUAAGCAUGAUAGUUUUAUAUUGAGAAAUAUACAAGAAAUAUGGGGGAAAGGGAUGAGUGAAAAAAUGGCUCACGAAAUGUGGAGGAAAACUCAUGGUAAAAAAAAUGUGUUAUGCUGGAUAGAGCGCUAUGCUUCCUUACAUUGGUCUAAGCAUAAUAUAAUAUUAGGGUUCACAUAUGCAACAAGACCAAUCACCCUGCAGCUGCCCCCUUUCCUUGUUUGAACUCAAUUGUGAGAUUUUACAUACUCAGGCUAUGCCUGUGCACCAUAUUUAAAUGAGUUUUAGACAUUUAUUAUAUAUGAUCAACUUAAGGGCUUAAUUUCUUUUUCCACAUUUUUAAGUGAUUUUUAUUUUUAAAGGGGAACUUAAUAGUAAUGAGUUGAAACCCAGAACCCAGACAUUGUUUUUUUCUUUAUUUGCUCUGCUAUUAAUUUUAAAAUAUGUUAAAGUUAUCUAUUUUAAAUGUUUGAUCGUGUGCACAAGACACUCUUUCACUUUCAUUGUUUGUUUUUGUGGUGCAAAUGUGUUAAUAUAAAUAAUGGCAGCGAGUAUUUAAUAAUUCAUUCAUUCUUUAUGGCAGACUUGAGUUUUAAGCUACAGCCAAGGAAACAACUUCUCUCUAAGGCUUCUUUCAUUGACAUUGUCUGCAGCACCAGGUUUCUGUUUCCAAAUCCUAAUUAUUGUUCUGAACCAGGUUUCUUUGUGUUUUCAGCAAUUUAACUUUUACUUGGCUUGUGUCAGUGUUUUCAUGGAAUGUGAGCUUGGUGGCAUUUUACAGACAUGACCAUGCUAUGUUUUGUGAUGUGCCCAUAUUUUUGCUCUAGUUUUCCCUCCAUAUCAAUAAUAACAUUAUUUAAUAUAAACAUUUGUGUCUUCAAGCUGCAUUAAUGGUGGACAAAGCAAUGGAGCUGAAAUAUGUUGGUGGAGUUUUUGGUGGCAACAUCAAGCCUGUGCCAUUUCUUUGUCUGUUACUGAAGAUGUUACAGAUUCAACCAGAAAAAGAUAUUGUUGUUGAAUUUAUUAAGAAUGAAGACUUCAAGUAAGUCAAUUAAAUUCUAUCGUUUCCUUACUUUAUUUUCUGUGUGUCUUCGUUAUUUUAUUUUAAUCUCAAGCUCCCUUGCUAAUGAGCACAUUCAAAAUAAAUAAAUGGGUUAUAAAUAAAAUUAUUAUUCCAAGUUGAAUUUUCACUUCCUCUGCUUGCGAUGAAAUGUUUUUAGGGGCUACUUUAUUUUAGAAAGGGUUUAAGAGCAGCUAACCCAGACCUGUUUACUCUCACGAUUUUGGCGUACGGUGUAAGAUUUUGAGGUGUAUACAUUGUACAUACUGUAUGUUUAUUUUUUACUAUAAAUAUAAGGUGUUGGGCUAUUUGUGAUGAUAUUGUACGAUUUUAAGAGUUUGCCCGUAAACAGGUCUGCUAACCUGAAAUAGGAUUAAUUUUCUCAUUCAAGUAUUUGCUUUAAAACAUUGUACCUAGUCAGAUUUUUUUACUUGGGGAGGUUUUGCUAUCUUAUUUUCAAAAAUAUUCAUUUGAGAAUACAGAACGUUAUCAAAAGUUCCAACAGUAUAUUUAAGAUGAACCUGUAAGAAUCUUCCUAGAAGGGGGGGAGAUCCUUUUAUUUCAUUCUUUUAAUGUAUGAUACAUAGGUGUAAGCUAUUAGGGCACUAUUGUUUGUAAUAUAUUAUAACUAAAUAUGUUUAUCCUCUUUUAUCAUUUUAUAACAGAUAUGUCAGAGCAUUGGGUGCCCUGUACAUGAGGCUGACUGGUACAUCAGUUGAUUGUUACAAGUAUCUUGAACCUUUGUACUAUGACUACAGGAAAUUGAAACGUAUUGACAGAAAUGGAGGUAUAUUGUAAUAUGUUAAAAUUUAUCAAUUUCCUUUCUUUUAAAUCAGUUCAUUUUACUUAUCUGCUUUGAGGCAAAGAUACUGUGGUCAGUUUUCUGAUACAGUAACACUUCACUUUACAAAACAAAUUGUAAUUUCUCUAAUUUUCGGUCUGUAACUGUAAGUUAAUUCAUUCAUACCAAUUAUUACUGGUACAGUAAUCAAAGUAGAAUCUUCACUAUGAGAUUUCUCUUAUCUUACUUGUUGAAGAUUUUGUGCUUUUAUUGCAUUAGGUAUUGAAUCACUUUUCAGUGACAGUUUCUGUUGCACUUUUUUAUUCACUAUAUUUUUUUCUCUUUAAGCUUUUCACAUUGUCCACAUGGAUGAGUACAUUGAUGAGUUAUUGAGGGAGGAAAGGAUUUGUGACAUAAUCCUACCUAGAAUACAGGUGCAUUUUAAUUAGGAUUUGGUAUUUUAUAAGUGGGUAAUAUUCACAUUGGUCUUGGUGUUCAACAUUUAUCCAUGUUUAUGCUGAUGCAUGGAUUUUAUUAGAAAAGGGGAAGUUUAAAAACAAAUAAUAAGCUGGAGUUUGCUUGUUUCAGAAACGCAGUGUGCUGGAGGAAACUAAUAUCUUGGAGCCACGUGUCAGUGCCAUAGAGGAAGAUGUGGAUGAAGUGGAGUCUGAAGAGGAAGAGGAGAUAUUGAAGGUGAGUGUCAAGGCAUCAGAAGGACGGAGAUUAAUGUAAAGUCUGAUGGCAUGUAUCAAAGCUGAACUCACGGGUAGUAAAACGAGACUUGUGAGUGAGCUGAAGGAUGGGGGGGCGAGGGGGGGGGGGGGGGAAAGGGGUGGUCCGAGGAAGGAAUGAAUAUGCACCAUGAGAGAUGCCAGGUUUUAGUUCAUCUUGUGAUUUAAUAGGUCAUUUUAGAUCUUUUAGAGCUCUUCAUUGGAUUUCAUUGAGGGUGUUUGUUAUUUUUAUAGAAACUUUUCAUAGUUUUUAUGAUAAGACUUAUUUCAACUAGGUGGAUCUUUUGGCAUAGUCUUAAACUGGACAUGAUACCUUAUCCUGGACAGUAAGGAUAAUUUUAUUAUUCUUUUUGGUAAAUGGAUUAUCUGUUUGAGACAUCUAAUUUACACAGAAAUUUAGUUUACUGGCAAAUAUAUAUUUUUAAAAUUAUUUUCUGCAGCAGGAAGUUAAGAAAGUUGUUCCUCCCGCACCUGUUAAAGAAAACAAACCUCCACGCCUAAGCUCACCUCAUAGAAGAAGAACUAGCCCUAGAAGACGGUAAAUCAUACAUUCUCAGUUGGUUUAACAAAUUUUAUUUAAUUUCUGAUAUCCAUAACAAAUAUUUGAUUUUUGUCAAGCUGAAACAUUAGAAUUUGUAACAUUUAAAAAAAACAUCGUUAGGUUGGCUAUUGUGAAAAUGUAUCUUAAUUUAUUGAAAGCCUAAUGCACUCAACAAAAAAAUCAUUAAAAUACAAAAUUUGUUGUAUGCAACAAAAAAAUUCAUUGUUUUAGAGAGAACCAUCGACAUCGCAGUCCAAUUAAACGGAGAUCAAGAUCACGAGACAGGGUAGAUAAAAGACACAGAUCUCCAGGUGAGAGUUAAUAAAAAAUAAUAAGGGGAGGGGGGGGGGGUCCCAGAGUUAAAUUUUUUUUUUUUUUUAAAAAAAAAAAAAAAAAAAAAGAGAAAAAAAAAAAAAAAAAAAGAAGGGGGGGGGGGGGGGGGGGGGGUCCUAGAGAUAAUUUUUUUUUUUUGUACAGCUAAUUAUAAUCCUCAUCAUUAUUAAAUAAAAGUCCAUCCUUGUUACAACAGUUUUUUGUCCAACUUGUGGCAGUCUUUUUUUAAAAUAUAGAAAAAGGCUUAGUUAUAUGUUUUUAAUAUCUAACAAACUUCUGGUUGCUUUCUUUUAUGUUAAAUUAAAUACUCCAUAGUGUUUUCCUCCAUUAACAUGAUCAUUGUAAAUGUUGGAAGAAGUUUUUCAGUUGAUUAUAUUAUUUCUGAACACAAAAAAUAGAUGUCCUUUUUUUUUCUAAGAAUUAUUUUACUUUAUUCCUGUUUUUUGUAGACCACAAGCACAAGGAAGAUGACAGGUACAAGAGGAAUAACAAAAAGAUCCGUUAUGACAGGGAUGAUGACAGGCACCGGAAACGUCACAAUGAAAGGGACAGACAUCACAGAGACAAAGAUAGGGACUUGAGGGGUCACAGAGAUGACAGAAAGGAUGGCGGUCGGGAUGAUAAACGUGAAGAGAGAAGGGAUGAUAAGCGAGAUGAUCGACGGGAAGAUAAGAGAGAUGAUCGCAGGGAGGAUAAGCGAGAUGAGAGGAGGGAAGAUAAGCGGGAUGACAGGAGGGAAGAUAAGCGGGAUGACAGGAGGGAAGAUAAACGGGAUGAGAGAAGAGAUGAUAAGAAUAAGAAAAGCACCAACAGUAGUGCUGAACAAGAAAUUAAAGUAGCUAAUGAACUGCGAGCAAAGUUGGGCCUAGCACCUCUGAAGCCAUAGAAGAGUCAUUUGAAACCUUUAAAAUCUCACAAAGAUGUCUUGUAAAUAUUUUCAUGGUUGAACCACCACUUAUUUUUGUACAGUAAUUCAUUCAGUUAGUUUCAUGCUCCAUUAAACAUGUUAAACUAUUGAAGAGAAAUUGGCUAUAGAAUAACUUAUGAUCAUAUGUUACAAUAUGAUUGAAGGACAUUGUAUUUUGUUUUGAUGACCCAUUAAAUUCAUUGUGACUUGGAUGUUUAAUAUUUGUUGUUGUAUUUAUUCAGUGCAAUGUUAUUUUACCCGAUGUUACAGUGUCUGUUUAACCUGGAUCAC